CUCUCAAUCUGAGUCUCUAGCGGGCGACUAACCUCCACCGGAGUAAACAGAUUGAGGCCCUAACAAACAAAACCUCCACUACCGAAGUGAAUUCGGUACAGAAUAGUGAGUUGGCUCCUCGACUAAAGUCACCAACUCCCUACCUUCAAUCAAGGAUGCUCGAUCAACCUAGGCAGAUAUUCUCAUUCUAGGUUAAAGCAGAAAUAACAGGAAUUUGAUCAGGAUUCAUGCCAUUCAAUCAUUCAAACCUCAAUUGAAUAUAAUCAAAUCAUAGAAUCAGUACUUGGGUUCAUACAAUCAAACCUAACAUACAAAUCUAGGGUUCUCCAUACCCAGAUGAAUGGGAGAACUACUCCAUGGAGAAAAAAGCAAAAGCAGAAUCAGACGCGGAAUUCAUACUGUGAAGGAUGGAUUCCUGCUCCUCGACGUUGAUCGGCACUUCUCCAAGCUCAAGCCAAGCUCCAAUGGUGAUGAAGAUCAAGCUAGGGCACUUGGGAACUCUUGUUCGUCGCUUUCUCUCUCUAGGAAUCGCUCUGUCUCUCUAAAAAUCGAAUCCCCUUCUGUUUUGGCUGAAAUCUGCCUAAAAGGGCAUCACUGGGCAAAACACGGUCGAGGGCACGGCCGUGCUUUGCUCCAGCCCGCCCGUGCUUUGCCCCGUGUUAAAAACACGCCCGCGCGCGUCGGCCAAAACACGGUCGUGCCUAAAUAUGGGCACGGCCGUGUUUUGAUUUAGGCGCGCCCGUGUUUUUACUCCCGAACCUGUUCCCCUAUAUUCAAUGCUUCGUUUCUCCCUCGUCCGGACUCCGAAUCAGUCGCCGUUUGAUCCCAGACGCUCAUAGUCUCGUCCUCUUUCUUUUCAUGACAAGCUUGCAUGAUUAUUUGUCCAUAAAGUGAGGUAGAAAUCCAUUCUUCUUCAGGUCAUGCCCGAGUUUCUUCUCCCGAAUCGCAAAUUGAUCUCUGAUUGACUUGAAACUUGCGCCUAUGCUUCACUUUAUGUGCUAAGACCUGAAAUGUGACAAAGGAACACAACCUAGCGUAAAAUAGGCCAAAGACGUGAUAAUUAAAUCUCAAACGAUCAAGAAACAAAGGGGAAAACAUGUGCAAAUAUCGAGUCAUCAUUCGGAUCAAGGGUGAUACAUUCCGGAAGUUUGGAUUGGCAGGCUCCUCUUUUUUCUGUUAACUUCCAUUGUUGUUUGGGAAGUAUGGACCGGCAAGCUCCUCUUUUUUCUCUCCAUUCUUUUGCAACAAGAAUUGUAGUUAACUUUCGCUUUCUUCAAUCAUCUGCUUGUACUAUGUUUAUGUACACUCUACGUGGUACGACAACUAUUUGUCUUUUAAAAGACAUGCAUGAAAAAAAAUUAUCGUUGUAUCUCGAUAAAGCAUAUGCUUUUUACUUUCGCUUUCAGAACGUGGACCUCACUUUGCUUAGAAACUGCAUUAUUUUUUAUAAUGGUGAUAAAUUUUAUUAAUUAAAAUAGGAGAAAGGGUACAGAGAAACCAGGAAACAAGUCUGGCAGACUUUAAUCACAACAAGCAAAGGACCCUAACAAUAGCAACAUAAGAACCACCACAGCGAAAUCACGAAGUCAUCAUCAGCAGGGUCGGGUCACAGACCCCAUCAGCCACGUUGGAACCUGAAGCCUAGGAAGAAGCUGCUCCCUCGCGUCGAGUCGCCAUUGAUCAGCAACAUAUUUAUCAACCUAGUUAGAGGCGCACAACCAGUCAUGGAUGCUGCAAAUGAUUAUGAAAUAGGUGCCCAGAAUUGAGCUAAAAUCAUCCCUAAAAAUUAACGUUUCUAGCCAAAUACGCCAAUAGAAGGUGUGUAAGAAUAAUUUAGUACACCACAUAUGCGGACUUGAAUUUGUAUCCCCCGGCCAUAUCCCAAUGGUGGAAGUGAUAUCUUAUGAAGGAGUCUGAACCCCGAAAAAAUUGCUCAUCACUCUCCACACUUCACGGGAGAAACUGCAGAGGAGGAAGAGAUGAUGUAUCGUCUCUUCAUUCUUGCCACAAAGCACUCAUCGACUUGGAAAGGACCAUCCCCUCCGUUUAAGAGUGUCGUGUGUGAGAAUUUUCUUCUGAAACACUAUCCACAUGAACACACAGAUCUUGUGAGGGAUGACGUCUAGCCAGAUCACCUUGACGGGGAAGUCACCUGUGUUGGAAAUGUUAUCCUUGAUGAGCUCCCCAUAUAGAGAACAAGCACUAGAGCCCUCCCCCUUUCAAAUUGUGAGUAAGCGGUAAAUCCCAAGAAAAACUCUCCCCUUGAUGCCUGACCACAUCGGCGAUCCUACAAUUCGGCGAGGCAGAAGCAGUAGCCACCCACGGGAAGUCCACAGCAAGAGUUCGACCCUGAAUCCACACGUCGUUCCAAUUAGGGGUGUACAUGGGUCGGGUGGUCCGGGUUUAGGCAUUUUAAUCACCCGACCCAUGCACUACGGUUUGGGAAAUAUUAAACCCAAACCCACCCAAAAAAAUCUAAACCCUACGGUUUGUUUCUAAUUGGGUUGGGUCGGGUUGGCGAUAUUUUUAAGUAAAAACCCAACCCAACUCAAAAUAUGUAAUUAUUCUACAUCAUAAAAAUAUUUUAUAACAAUUAAAAAUUCAAACGAAUAAACCGAGGUGAAAGGUAUCAAAAUUCACAAAUAUUGUUUGAAUUUUAAUAAAACUUGAUUUACUUC